AUGGAUAGCUGUGUGGGUUGUGUGGGGCUCGUUGCGGCUGAGGUGGAUCUGUCAGGGCGGCACUUAGAGCAGCUCCCCACCUCCCUCUUCUCCAGCCUCCACCUCACCAGCAUUAAUCUCUCUCACAACCUCCUCGCCCCGACACCCUCCGCCGCCGCCGCCUCAGCCAGGAGGCGACACAGAGGUCACGGCAGAAAAAGAAGAGACCGCAGGCGUCGCUUGAUACCUGCUGAAUGCCGGGAGACGCCAGAGACCUGGGCUAGAUCGAGACCUUCUGCCAACGACCAUGACUGCAACAACCCAGCUGGCGGUGCUCGCGGAAGGGCUGGCGAGGAGGAUGGACUGAGCGGCGACUCGGGCGUCCCCUCAGAUCCAGUGGAAGAGGAGUCCCAGAGAAGUGACCCAGAGAGCGUGCCCCGCAAGACACCCGCGGUGCUGUGCAGCUUCGCAGACGAACUUCAGGAAAAGCUACGUCAGCGGAAAGUCUUGAGCGAAGGCUUCGCUGUCAAGGAGGCACAGCCCAGACCAGCCUACAUCCAGCUGUUAGAGUCCUCGCACCUGCCACGAGACACAGGCUCCAGGAAGGAUGCGUCUGCCAGACUUUGCGUCCCAUCCCUGACGCCUCCCCCACCAUACCCUCCUGCCACAAGCCAGCCCUUCCUUGACGAGGUGUCCAGCAGCAGCAGCAGCCGCACCACUGCCGCCACUAGAAACAGGAGUGAGGGGCUGGACAGCCACAAGGAGAAGGGGGAGCGGGGCAGCUAUGAGGACAGCAGCUCAUCCGGCGUUGACGAGAGUGACAACGCGUCCGAGGAAGGAGGGGAGGUGACGGCCGCAGGCGAGGUGUGGACGGCCCCUGCCAGGAAUCUCGGCGCCCUCCACCAGCUGAGGCAUUUCCAGCAGCUCCAGACGGUGGUGCUGGACAGGAACAAAUUGCUGGAAUUCCCCUCCUGUCUCCUGGGUCUGCCUCGCCUGGCUCGCCUCUCCCUGGCUCACAACCUGCUGUGUGUUCUCCCCCAUGCUCUCCACUCUCUCGCCAGGUUGGUUGAGCUGAACGUGUCCUUCAACCAUCUGGUGGAGCUGGGCGUGGGGGUGUGCCGCCUACCCGCGCUGACCCACCUGCGAGCCGCCCACAACAGGAUAGAGGCGGCGCCCGAAGUGGCUGCCAUGGAGGCCCUCCGCACCCUGGACUUGUCUGAGAACCGGGUAGGGGUCGAGGCGGGUGUGAGGAGGGCGCAGACCAACCCCGCCGCCCUCGCCUCCCCCGCUGCCGAGGUGGACGACCCACAAGACGCCCCGCGCGACUCCCGCCCUCUCGCCCUCAACCUGCGCCUCAACAGCCUCACGGGGCCCGUCACCCUCGCCAGCAUCCAGAAUGUGACAGAGCUGGAUGUGAGUGACAAUGGCAUCACCAGCCUGGAUGUGUCCUGCCUCUCAGCCCUCGCCUCCCUCACCUGCUGCAACAAUGCCCUCACCUCCCUCACCCUGCAUGCUGCCGCCCUUAUCCACCUCUCUGCCACCAAUAAUCGCUUGACAAUGCUGGAGGUCCGUUACCAUCCACGAGGACUUGUGAGGCUUAAUCUUUCAAGAAACCAAUUAGAGGCUGUCCCUCCAUGGCUGGUGUCAAGCACAGAAGUAACUCUGGUAGAUGUGAGUCACAAUCAGAUCUCGUCCCUCCCAGCCUUCCUCACCUCGGGCCACCUACGUCGCCUCCACACUCUGUCUGCUCACCACAACUGCCUCACUGCUUUCCCAGUGCCACAGCCUGAUCUCAUUUCUUGCCAAAAUGCUUGCUGUGCCUCUACUCUGAACAAGAUAACUUGGGGCACACACAGGUCCUGUCAGGAGGACAACAGCUAUGGAUUGUCUGGCAGUGCAGUUGAGGAGCCAAAGUGUUGCUCCCUGGAGGUGCUGUACCUCCACUGCAACAAAAUACCUGCUCUUCCCUCUAAUCUUUUCUCAUGGCUGAACAGACUUAGAGUGUUGAAUGUGAGCAAAAAUCAACUAAGUGUCCUGCCUGGCUUGGCAGAGGGCCAAGGAGUACAGGGGACUAUAUAUACCCACCAGGACCAUGUUGGCACCUCCAAGGUCACACUUUCCCUUCAGGAGUUGUAUGCUGCUGCAAAUAGACUCAGGGACCUCUCUCCUCUGCAGCACUGUAGAGCAUUACGCAUCCUUCAUGCUCCUUACAACAGAAUCACCAGUCUGCCAGAUAAGCUGGUGUGGUCCUGGGAACUGAUGGAGGAGUUAGUUCUCUCCGCUAACCAGCUGUGCUCUGUGCCUGUGGGUGUGUCUCGUCUCUCCAGGCUGAGGGUCUUGAAGGUCCAUUCCAAUCCCCUACAAAGUUUGCCUCGCCUUGCUCAUUUGUCAGCACUCAAGGUUGUGGAUGCUUCUCACUGCCAGCUGGGGCACAUAGAGCUGGAGGAAGUGGUGUCUCCUGGGCUGGUGGCCCUGGAUAUAUCAGGCAACACUGCUUUGUCUCUGGACCACCACCAGUUCACCAAGUGCAAAUCACGAAGAGCUGUAAGCCUUGUGGAUGUAACCAGCUGCUCAGGCCGGUCACUUCCUCUCACCAAGCCACCAUCCAUCACCCAGCACAGCCAGCAGAGGGGCGAGGGCCAUCGAGGCAAUAGUGAGAACAGGAAUGCCUCUUCUACCUUGCCAUGGUCUCUAGGAUUUGCAGAGGCCAUAGGCAGGGAUUCCAGCCUAAAUGUUGGUCAGCUGCGAGUGCCAGAUGUUGGGGGGACUGGCAGUGUGGGUGUGGUGGCAGUGGCUGAUGGGGGUGAGGAGAUGGGUGGUGUUGGCACCCUCCUUGCAGCCCUUCCAUCCCUGCUGCAAGAAGAGCUAGCAUGCUCAAAUAGUAAUACCUAUGUUCUAAAAUAUGCCCUUCUAACUGCUCUCAGACGGUUGAGAGGGCAGGGUGGCAUGCUUCCCUCUGCUGUGUGUGCUGCUCACCUGGAGGCCAGUCCCAGCCUGCCAGGACAGUGGCCAGUACUCCGUCUGUGUUGCUAUGGGCCAGUGUCUGCUGUGGUCACUACUGUUCAUGGCCAGCCUAUUGUUCUCACCACUUCUGCUUUGAGGACGUCUCUGGGGAGUGCUCCAGAGUGUGGUGAGGGAGUGAGGUGCAGUCUGUCUGAGCCUCCCACACUGCCAGACCCACACACUACUGAGCUACACCUUGGGCCUCACCAUUCUGCCAUUGCCAUUGCUAGUGCCAGUUUGUGGGAGGUGAUAGAGCCAGCAGAGGCCGCUGACAUCUGUGGUCAAGUGAGUGAGCCAGGAUCAGCUGCCAAGCACCUCCUGGACCUUGCUCAGGCCUACGGCUCCCGACAGGCCAUCAGCGUGAUUGUGGUGCAACUGAAGCCGCCUGCUGGCAUAUCACAGAACUCACCACUCAGCAUCCAUGAAGACAGUGCAAUAUCAAAUAAGGUGCACAAGCAUUCCAAUGAAGUAAGUCUGUGUAAAGAAUAUCCUGAAAAAGCCCAGCAUAAAGUGAAAGACAUGACUGGCACAUCAAGAAGAGUAAAAUUUGGAAGUGUCAAUCCUUUACAAGAUACAAGGAACCAGUGCUACACACUCAACCCCAGAAAGGAGUCCAGAGAAAGUUUUUUAUGUGGUGGGGUUAACCAAGUUGGAAAACCAUGUGCAGAGGAAAAUCAUAUGAUCCAGAAUAUUGGAGACCUUGAGAGGUCUUCACCAAGUGGUCAGAGUCAAAGUGACUGUAGUGAGUAUUGGCCAGACAAUGACAAGGAGAUAAGGACAACAUUUAGGGAAUUCAGCAAUGAAAAAUCCAAAGACAUAUUUCAUCCAAGUACUGAUCAUUUUUAUUCAUAUUCAAGCAGGAAAAGCAAAGAUGGAAAGAAAGUGGAUGUAGCAUCUCAAAUAAUAUCUUAUGGCAGUAGUAAGGAAAAGAAAACAAUGACAUACUAUCACUACCCUCGGCCUGAGCCAGGUGUUGUGCCAUCUCAUGGCCAUCUGCCACAACACCUACUGAAUGGGAGCCAGACUGAGCCACAGACAAGUGUGCUUGCUCCCCCAGCAGGCUUUGGGGAUCCUGGGAGUGACUCAGAGGGCAGUGAUAGUGGCCUUAGUGGAGUCAGUGGAGUACAGAACUAUGCUGACCAUCCUAGUAGACCUAAUUUUGAGGAUGGCAUUGCAGACAACAGUCCUGAACAAGAUGAGCGGCCUUGUCUACCUUAACACAUGGUAAUACCUCAGAUAGGUUACUGAGGAACAGUUUCGGAGUUGGGAAUAUCUCUUAGCUCGCAAUGCAAAGCUGCUGUACAUGAGGGAGCUAGACACACUCAAGAAGCCUGAGACACCGUCCAUCAAGCCUACUGUCUCAGCACCUGAU